CUUGCAGAAUCCAGAAAGAUGCGCUCGUAAAGUUCACCUUUUACUAUACGCCCCCUUCAUAUGUUGUGUUGUUUUGCUCGUCAACGUUUGUCUGAGUUCUAGUCAAAAGUAGUGAGUUACGACCGCAAGAUUAUUUUUCACUUAACUGCCAUCGUGUGGCUGCUCUGGCCGACGGGCUCGGCAUUCGCUGAUGCGAGAAGCAUUCAACACCGAAAGCCUUCCUCGUGCCGCAAAGAACCAGUGCGCCAUGGGUGCGAUUGUGACACCCGUACGGCUGGCCUUUCCCUGCGUCGCCUUGCGCGCUAGAAGCUCGCAACGACCAUCGCGUCGAAUUCCGAGACAGGUCAAAAUACUGCCCUAAUGACAGGCCACCAAAAUAAAUUCGCGCCUUUGAAACUGAAAUGACGUCACUUCUUUUUUUUUAACGUGUAUGACGUCAUUUUAUUAAUUUUUUUUCCCGCUGGAAGUGUUUCCUUGUCACACAGAUGGCGCUAAGCCCCAUAAACCGACCGCCAUGUUUUGAACGUAUGGGCGUAGCUUCUAUGGAAGCUUCGCUACCAGGUAUAUUUGACUGGUCUGUGACGGUGACGACUGACGGCUGCUAAGCCCAGCUCAUGCUUGGUGUGAGUGUUGUUGAGUGUUGUGCGCAUAUUCCUUGACCUUGGUGAUGAUUUUUGCUUGUACUGGAAGGCCGUCCAUGUGAAACUUCGGAACCAUGCUCGUUAGCGGGGUGUGACGAAGCGACUGAGACAGACAAACUAGGAUCAAAUGACGAGAUGGCUGUGUCUGGGAAUCGCAACGCUUGUGCGGCUCUGUGGUGUACGCAGAUUCUUUAGAUCCCCCAAAGAUCGCAGUGAUGCACUCGCAUGAGGUCGAGGCACUCGUGACAUGCGCUAAGGCUGACGCCGACAUGCCCGAAAAGGUUCUAAAUCACUGGAACGAUCAGAUAGCCAUGUUCACGGGAAUGAGCGAUGCCGAAGUGGUUUUGCUUAUCUGCAAGACGUCGCUCGACGCAGGAGAGGCACUGUACGAAGAAUUUAGUAACACUCACCCGGAAUACAAAAAGACUAUAGACGUGAUUGUAGCGCAGUGUUACGAGAAAGCCACUGGACAGAAGAUUACUUGAACACAUCAGCGCCGAGUCCCUGUUUUUCUCGUUCUAUUAACAAAACGAACAAUUUCACCAAUAAAGAUUGGGGUAU